AGAGUGUUCUCCUGCAUGGUAUGAAAAAGAAAAUCAUCGAGGAUACGAGAUCUAGAGUAACUGAUACACCGGAGACUGAACUGCACUGACCGAACAGAUCGAGACUGAUAGACAACAAUCCCAUUCCUCCACUGUUAUCUCUUUUUUUUUUCCUACGAUUUUCGUUCUUGUUUCUCCACUGUCACUGCGCUACCACCAACAUGGAGCAAGACAGUUUUCAGAAAAAAGAAAAGUGAGCAACGUGAGUGUAAAAUAUUAGGCCCGGUCGAAAUCACACGGCGGUCGAAGAAUAUUACAGUACAAAGCAGUUCCAUAGGAAUCACAGACGGGAUUACCCCCGGGCCCGGCCUGUAAAUGUUAGGAACGACAUGUCCAUACCGUUCUCAGCAUAAGCAGUAUCGCCCGUGCAUUGGACGCCGUCUCCAAGGCCAUGGCCGGAACCAUGUCGUCACACUCUCCUAUCGACUUUCGACUGUCGAGCUCUCGUUACGCUAUAAAAAGGGCCGAGGACCAAGCUAUCUCAUCACCACCGAAGCAGAGCCUGACGAGCACCUACUAUCCGCUUAUACAUCCUUCCUUCUCGUCGGCAGCAUCUGCAUCUGCAAUGGCCAACCACGGAGCCGCCGCUCUCCUGAUCGCGUCCCUGCUCGUGGCGGCGGUCGCCCUCGCCGACGCCAGGGUCACCGCGAUGCAGCUGCAGCGCGGCAGCAUUAACGGAGUUUAUGCGUUGACGAAGGCGGUGCCGGCGCUGACGUGCAACAAGGUGAGCGCGGUGCAGACGGGCGAGACCUGCUCCUCCCUCGCGGAGAGCGCCGGCCUGAGCCAGGAGGACUUCCUGGGCUUCAACCCCAACAUCAACUGCGUCAGGAUCUUCGUUGGCCAGUGGGUCUGCCUCGACGCAUCCUCUGCCUAACACGCCGUUGGAUCAUGGAUGUGCGUGCGCAGCAUCGUUAAGUUGCUGCUACUUAUUUAUGAAUAAAGGAGGCUAAGUCGUUCUGACGCUCUUCAGUGUGCCUCCGCCAUUAUUCGAGUUGAAUUUGGUAUUUGUACUUCCCUCGCAAAAGGAUCGAGGUUGUAGUCCGUCACUCUGUCUUUGUGCCAACUUUGGCUUAAAAAUUGGUUGAGUUGGUUUAAGCUUGAUU